AUGGAGAACUUCAACCUUGGCAAGCCUAUCGGAGCUGUCGUCGGACAGACUGCCCCGUUGAACGAGGAGCACGGAGCCGGUACGGGAGUCAGCGGCGGCCACGUUCCCUCUGCUACCAACCAAGCCAAGGGCUACGGCCAAGACCAGAGCCAGGGCUUCAACGCAGGCCUCGGCGGUGAGCACGCCUCCGGCGGUCUCGCCAACACCGGUUCCUCGGGAACGCCCAUCGCCGACCGCUUCACCGGCAAGUCCGGCCACCAAUCGGAUGCCGUCUCGGGCGCGUACGAAGGUGGCUCCACCCGCAACGCCCUCACUGGCGAAAGCAACGCCCACACCACGGGCCAAGGCGUUGGGUACCUCGGAGGAGAGGGCCCCUCUCACUCUGCUCGCGAUGCCGCCCUUACCGGCACGGCUGGCGCUGCCUCUGCUACUGCGCUCGGAGCUGGUCACUCGAGCGGUGGCGUCGUUGGUCCUUCUGGCGGUGCUGGCGGACACUACUCUACAUCCGGCCAGCACGGUCUGACCGGCGCAGCUGCUGGUCUCGGUGCCGGUGCCGGCGCUGCCGGACUCGCCAGUCACCACGGUCAGGAGCACAGCAACACUGGAGCCGGCUCUGCCGCGAUUUUGAACGCCCAGCAGGCAGGCGCGAGGGGUUCCCACGGCGAGUCGGGUCUGGCUACUGCCGGUGCGGGCGCGGGUGCUGCCAGCCAUUCCAGCCACUCUGACGAAAACACCCGAGGAGAACCCCUCUCCAACCCCAAGGACCUCGACUCGGGCACUCGCCACGGUCUCGUCUUUGACAAGGCUACUGGCAAAUACGUCCACCGCCACGAGCUGGACGAGAAGAAGUAG